AUGGGUGAAGAAGAAGACUCCACACAUAUUGUUCCUGAAUCUCCUCUGAUUCCAAGAUUUGGAAUGGGAAUGGGAAUUGAAUUGAUUGGAAAACAAAACAAGGAAUGGGACUGGGAUGCAUCAAAGACCAUUGAAGAGCUAAAGAAACAAGUCUGGUUAGGAGGACCUCUAGUUGUGGUUAGUCUUUUGCAGUAUAGCUUACAGAUGAUAUCAGUUAUGUUCAUAGGCCAUCUUGGAGAACUCUCUUUAUCCAGUGCAUCUAUGGCUAUUUCAUUUGCUGAAGUAACUGGCUUCAGCUUCUUGCUUGGAAUGGGUAGCGCUCUAGAAACAUUCUGUGGACAAGCCUAUGGAGCAAGACAACAUCAUAUGCUUGGUGUACACAUGCAGAGAGCUAUGCUUGUUCUCCUGCUAAUGGGCAUUCCUAUAGCAUUUAUCUGGGCCUUCACAGGGUAUGUUUUCACACUUUGUGGACAAGACUUGGAAAUUUCUACUCAAGCCGGGAUAUUUGCACGCUGGCUGAUCCCUAGCAUUUUUCCUUAUGGCCUCCUUCAGUGCCAACUCGGAUUCUUACAGACUCAAAAUAAUGUAAAGCCAUUGAUAAUAAGCACUGUAUUUACAACUUUAUUCCAUGUCCUUGUGUGUUGGACAUUGGUUUUUAUAAUUGGCCUUGGCCAUAAAGGCGCUGCUCUAUCCAUUGCCAUCUCUUACUGGGCCAAUGUCUUGAUUUUGGCAAUUUAUAUUAACUUCUCCCCUGCAUGUCAAGAGACUUGGACAGGAUUCUCUAAGGAGGGUGCCAAAGAUCUUGUUAGUUUUCUUUCCGUGGCUAUUCCUUCAGCGCUUAUGGUUUGCUUGGAAGGCUGGUCAUAUGAGUUUCUCGUUCUCAUGUCUGGCCUUCUGCCUAACCCAAAGCUGGAAGCAUCAGUGAUGGCAAUCAGCCUUGAUACAAGUGCAUUGAUCUUCAGAAUCCCCAUUGGUUUUGGCACACGAGUGUCAAAUGAAUUAGGAGCAGGGCAACCUCAUGCCGCACGACUUGCUGUAAAGGUUGUGAUAUUCUUGGCUGUAACAGAGGGCUUUUUGGUAAGCUUAAUUUCAAUAGCAGUGCGAGACAAAUGGGGCUAUUUUUAUACUAAUGAAGAGCAAGUUGUGAAAUUUAUGGCUUCCAUAAUGCCACUGCUUGCCGUUUCUAACUUCAUGGAUGGAAUUCAAGCUGUACUGUCUGGUAUCGCAAUAGGAUGUGAAUGGCAGAAGCUUGGUGCAUUUGUGAAUUUAGGAGCUUAUUACCUUAUUGGCCUCCCUUCCGCAAUCAUCUUAACUUUUGUCUUCCACUUUGGAGUAAAGGGCCUUUGGAUGGGAAUCAUGAUUGGGAGUGGUCUACAAGCAAUACUGUAGAUUGGGAGCAUCAAGCAGGGAAGGCCAGGGACAGCGUGUGUGCAUCCUACAUCCCAGUAACAUGAAGCUGCUUUCCUCCGCCAAUCUUCUUCGUAUGAAAACUCCCUUAAAGAACCUUUUAUAACACAUAUAUAAUCGAGAGAAAAUACCGAUUUCUAUUCCCAAAAGUUAUCAACCAUCCUCAGUAGAGUAGGAAGCAGAAGGUUAUAGCAGAAGAGCUACUGACAGAAAACUUCAUGGCUCCAAACAUCCGGCAAAAUUGCAAUAUGCCCAGUAAUCCCCUUACUUGUCAUCUGUUGUUAAUAAGUAGUUUUGCUAGAGCUCUAGAGUUGAUCACAAUAUGGAAGUUUUCAUUAAAAUAGCACUGAAGAGGUUUUAGUUAAAAAGUUAAAAUGUUUUAUAAGUUGUUGAAUUAUUUGUACGUAUUUCCAUAAAAAAAUAAAAAAUUAUUUUAAAAAAUUAAUUUUGAAAUGAGCCCUAAGUGAAUAGUAAAGAGGCUAUUUAAAAUUUUUGAUCAUAUGAGCCUCUCAUUUGAAGAUUCUAUCACCGGAAGGUUAAAAGAUGACAUUAAUACUUGAUCAAAUGUGAAAUGAGCUAAAUAUCACAAUUAAAUGAG